AUGGCGCCAAAACGAGGAGAUUUGUAUGAGGAAGAGGCCUCACGGUUAUAUGUGCACGUAACCCAGUUUCUUCCAGAUUGCGCAAACAAACUGGACGUCUAUCAUCGACUCUCUGCUCAAUUUCCUGGGCGGUGUGUUGAAGGCAUCAAGAAACAGUUGAUGAAGAUGCGCUGGCCAAGGCGGAGGACUUGUUCGGAGUGUUUGCUUUGGGACUCACCGGUGGUGGUCCGUGUUCCUCCGAUAGUGCUUCCCGAGGUUGAUGCGGAGUUGACGGAAAGUGACUUCGUAUCCGCUGGGACGACCACUAAACGGGAUCCAGAUCAGAUUGAAGCGGCCCUUGAGCUAAACUUUUGCAAUUCUCCUACGAGGAACAGGACAGUUCAUUCUUGGAGGGUUUUGGCGUGA